AUGGGUGUUGCCUCACCGAGUCAGGACCCUGGCAGCACAAUUGCUGUCCCUGUACCGAUACCGCCCCCCCAUGCUUGGGCCACGACGCGCGGCAAUAGGAAAUGCCCUAGGGUAGCAGAAUUACCGGUGAUUUGUUCAAGUACGUUGCCGUGUGCGUUUGAAGUAACCGGGCUAACAGGCCGAUUCUUGGAAAUUUUCCCGACUACCCUAAACGAUGGAAGACAAAGAACACAAGCGUGGUCAGAAGUUCGGUCCGUCUACGAAGUAGGAGGCGGAGGGUCGGGUCUGGUGGUCAAAGGCAGGGCUUAG